AAGGCAAGGAUCCCGUGAUCAGUAUUUACGGAAGUGCUUCUGACCUCAGUCUGUGUUGUUUGUUGUUAUUUCCUUAAGAUACGUGGGGUAAAGUUAUCACUCGCCAACAAGAUAGCCGUGUCUGCUUUGCUCACUUCAUGUUAGCUUCAAAUGAACGUAUGCUUACAUAGCUAGUAAAUUGUAGCAGGAACAACUGACGUUAGCAAACUAGCUUGGAAAUCGCAGAAGCAACAACUACCCGGACUUUCAGUUUCUCUCCUGCGGUACAUGGUUGUCUUGUUAGUCCGGGUGUGUUUGGAGGUCAUGUGAAGUCUUAAGUUAGUUAUAAAUAAGAUAUUGGGUGUAUUUUGCGGCCUUUUCUGGAAACGUUGACGAAAGCUAGCUACGCGCUAGCUUGCUAGCCAGACGUUAGCACCAUGGGAGCCGAACAGAGUGGAGAUGCAGAGCACAAACACUCCGAUUACAGCUCAUCGGUGGUGCCCUCCCCAGCAAAGCAGAAGGCAAAGAUGGAUGAUAUCGUUGUUGUGGCUCAGGGGACCCAGUCAAUGCGAAAUAUCCACAACGACCCAGAUGUCAUCAAGCUUCAGGAGAUACCAACCUUUCAGCCACUUUUAAAAGGCAACUUUUUAAGUCUUCCACCUGCUGACAUGAAUUAUAGUGUCAUCUUUCAGACCGACAGUUCAUUAGGAGUGCUGAGUGGCCAGACAUCACCCAGCAGUGUGUGUCUGGAAAGGCUGGAUACUGCGCAGGUCAUGCAGCUCUGCAUCCGCUACCAGGACCACCUACACCAGUGUGCCGAGGCCGUGGCCUUCGACCAGAACGCCCUGGUCAAGAGGAUCAAAGAGAUGGACUUGUCAGUGGAAACCUUGUUCAGCAUAAUGCAGGAGCGCCAGAAACGCUAUGCCAAGUACGCCGAGCAAAUCCAGAAGGUUAACGAGAUGUCCAUGAUCCUGAGACGCAUCCAGAUGGGCAUUGACCAGACGGUGCCGCUGAUGGAGCGCCUCAACAACAUGCUGCCUGAGAGCGAGCGCCUGGAGCCCUUCAGCAUGAGAUCUGAUGGGGAUUCUGCCACAAAGUAGCCUCCUUAAAGCCAACACAGCGCCCUCUUACCUGAGUCUUCAUCCAAUGUUGUGGCCAGGAAGAAAUGCAGGUCUGUCCAGCUGUAGGGAUUACCCAUUGCAUUUUUUUGUUAUCAUAGUUAGAGGUGGAGCUUCGGUGUAAAUGUGUGAGACUGCUGUAGUCAGGUCUCCGGGUCAGUUCUAUUUAUUCUUUUACUUAAUACAGGAAGUUUUACUCAGCACACACACGUUCAUACCUGAGUUCAACCACAACCUUCUGCCACUGGCCACUGAGCAAUUUAUGAAGUGCUGCAAUCAAAUACACUGGGCAUUGAGAUUAUUUCUCAUCCCCUCCUCGCAGGGAAUCAAACUGGUAAUCUUCCAGGCACACAUUUAUUAAAGUAAUCAAAAUGCAGGGGAGGAACAAACACUUUUGAUUGAUUCAGAACUAACUCCAUAUGCUCCAAAACUUGCAGACGUGUUGCAGGUUUUAAAGACUCAAAUCGGUGUGAGUGACAUUAAAGUGUCUCAGGAUGUUUCCUACUGCUUUGGAGAUUUGCACAAACUUCUCUAACAUCAGAGCUGGUCAAGAACUUGCAAAGGGUUGAUUUUAGAUCAUGCACUUAACAUUACAAAUAUUUGUUGUUUGUGAUUCUAAUCUUCAUCUUGCUUUGACGCCAUAUGCCUGGCUCACUAUUUGGAAAUCCCUUCCAUGAACUGGUUGCAUGCAGAUUGACUGCUUUUAAACAUCAUUGAAUCAUUUUGGAAUAUUAUGAUGAAGAGACUCAUGGAGAGAACCAAAACGGAUUAUUGCCAUUGGAUUGGAAGGAGCAUGGAUGUACUGCACAUUGAAAGUAAAAUGAGAAAUCUCUUCUUUCUACAGAGGGUAGUUUAAAUAUUCUCAUGUACAGUUUUGUGGUAAGAAACUUGACUUUAAUUUAUUUGGAGAGUUGCUAUUUUCAUGGAAAACAAUGAAGAAAAUGACACAAAGGACUGAACAGAGACCCUGAAGCUGUAGGUUUUUCAGCAGGUUGGUACAGAAGAUCGAUACAGAGGUGGUCUGAAACCAUUCUAGCAAGUUACCCAUCACAGAGUUUCCUGUAGUGCAAUUUCAGUAUUAACUUUGUAUGUUUGUUAGCUCUGUCAUCACACAUGCCAAAUAUUCCCAAAUCCUUAAAGCUGGCACUUUAGAGUCGGUCAUAUCUUUGGUCUCUUUGAGGAAAGGAAUUAAGUUACCUUUACUGCUUUAUCUAUUGAUGUAGAUAGUUUUUUGUUCAUUUGUCCAGUUAUUUUCCAAGAUUUCUGGCACCACCAAAAUUCAAUGGAGUUGACUGCCAUCUUAUUUCUUGUGCACAGAGCAAUAAAGAUAGACAUUACUCAACAU